AUGGGUUCUUGUUGCAGUUGUUUAGGAAACCGCGGAGGCGAUGGAAGUCAAACUCAAUUGUUACUUGCCGAGAAUGAAAGAGAAGCCAUUUCAGCAUUGUUGCAAUACUUGGAAAACCGUUCUGAUGUUGACUUCUUUAGUAAUGGUCCAUUGCGUGCUUUGAGUACUUUGGUUUACUCGGAAAAUAUCGACCUACAAAGAAGUGCGGCAUUGGCAUUUGCUGAAAUUACCGAAAAGGAUGUUAGAGAAGUCAAUAGAGAUGUCUUGGAACCAAUUUUAAUUUUAUUACAACUGACUGAUUCUGAAGUUCAACGUGCCGCAUGUGGCGCUUUGGGCAAUUUGGCCGUUAAUACUGAAAACAAAAUCUUGAUUGUCGAAAUGGGUGGUUUAGAACCUUUGAUUAGACAAAUGAUGUCAACCAAUAUUGAAGUCCAAUGUAAUGCCGUUGGUUGUAUAACCAACUUGGCCACUCAAGAUGACAAUAAAUCAAAGAUUGCCAAAAGUGGAGCUUUAAUUCCAUUGACGAAAUUGGCCAAGUCUAAAGAUAUUAGAGUACAAAGAAACGCGACUGGUGCAUUAUUGAAUAUGACACAUUCUGGUGAAAACAGACAAGAGUUGGUAAAUGCCGGCGCUGUUCCAGUUUUGGUAUCAUUGUUAUCCAAUGACGAUGCCGAUGUUCAAUAUUACUGUACAACCGCGCUUUCGAAUAUUGCUGUUGAUGAAGUUAAUAGAAAGAAAUUGGCAAGCACUGAACCUAAAUUAGUGAGUCAAUUGGUUCAUUUAAUGGAUUCCCCAUCCCCUCGUGUUCAAUGUCAAGCUACUUUGGCAUUGAGAAAUUUGGCUUCUGAUUCGGGUUAUCAAGUUGAAAUUGUCCGUGCCGGUGGCUUGCCACAUUUGGUGCAAUUGUUGACUUGUAACCACCAACCUUUGGUGUUGGCUGCUGUUGCUUGUAUAAGAAACAUUUCCAUUCAUCCAUUGAAUGAAGCAUUGAUUAUUGAAGCAGGCUUCUUGAAACCAUUAGUUGGAUUAUUAGAUUACACCGAGUCGGAAGAAAUUCAAUGCCAUGCGGUUUCAACAUUAAGAAAUUUGGCUGCUUCAUCAGAAAAGAAUAGAACUGCUUUAUUAGCUGCUGGUGCAGUCGAUAAAUGUAAAGAAUUGGUAUUGAAAGUGCCUCUUACAGUCCAACUGGAAAUUUCUGCUUGUUUUGCAAUUUUGGCAUUGGCUGAUGAUUUGAAACCAAAAUUAUAUGAAAGCCAUAUCAUCGAUGUAUUGAUUCCUUUAACUUUCAGCGAGAAUGGUGAAGUUUGUGGUAAUUCUGCUGCUGCUUUGGCUAAUUUGUGUUCACGUGUUUCCAACGACCACAAGCAAUACAUUUUAAACAACUGGUCACAACCAAAUGAAGGUAUUUAUGGAUUCCUUAUUAGAUUUUUAGAAAGUGGUAGUCCAACUUUUGAGCAUAUUGCUUUGUGGACAAUCUUGCAAUUAUUGGAAUCUAAUAAUAAUGAAAUCAAUUCUCUAAUCAAAGAAAAUGAAACUAUUUUAGCUGGCAUUAAGAAUUUAAGUGCAUCUCAACAACAAAUUCAACAAUCACAAAUUAGUCAAGGAAAUAACGAGAAUGGUGAUAAUAAUAACAAUAACGAUGAUCAAUUCGAAGAUCCAAAAGUUGAACUAUUUAAUUUGACUCAACAAAUUUUGCAAAUUUUGGGAUAA